CUCUAGUGAGGAAUUAUUUUAAGGUUGCCCCUUUACAGUUUCAAUAUUUGGUAACAGCUGUGAGAUGGUCUGUUGGAUAAAGAACAGUAAAUGAAUUUAAACAAUGUCCUCGGCAUCUCCCGGGUCCACGGGUCAACCUAGGGGGCAGGUUUAACUUUGGUUCUGAUUGAGUUGUAUGAGUAUAUGCUGGAGAUCUUACUAAACCUCGUGAAGCUGCCAGCACUGUCUCUAUAUUCAACAGGAUUUGCUAAUUAAUGACUAUCUGUCUAUAUGUCUAUCUGUAUCUAAACAUAACUUAAAGCUUUAGAGCAGAAUGGGUCAGAAUAUAUUCCUCAUAUUUGUUCUCACAGUUCUUACAGUUUUGGACUCUGGUUUCCAUUGUAUCCCCAGUGGAGGUCAUCAUGGUCAUGAUGGUGGUCAUCAACAUGGAACUCAUGAUAAUGAAAAUCCAGGAGAAGGAAAUCAAAUAGAUCUUUCUGGAAUAUUUAAUGAGCUAGGAAUAAAGGUUCUGGGAAAAGAUCAGGAAAGUGCAGAUGAAAAAUCUCCAGUUCAGGAUCACAGUCAGAUCAAUUUUAAAGCGGUGAUAUCGGAGAUAUUACACCCCAGCACGUUUUCUCCUCCCGUCUCUACAACAACAAAACCUAUCUCAUCAACACAGAAACUUCCAAUCAAAUCUCACAGGGAGGGAUGGUUUGAGUCUCCUGUAGCUCUGGUUUUAAACAAUCAAGUUCUGGAACCUGUAUAUGAUCAGGAGAUAUCUUCAAGUACACCGAGAACAGUUUACUUAACUGAGACUCCAUACUUCAAGAGUUCACAAAGUACAACACAGUUUAAACCUCUAACAGACACAUUUCAAAGGAGGUCUGCCGAUAUUGAUUUGAUGACUGGAAACCUAGAAAAUCUAUUAACAAACAAGAAGUUAAUGCCUGUUGUAAACACAAGAUGGGCGAAUUACCGUGUUGCUAACAGAAGAGGAAGAUCCCAUAAAGUAGGAAUUGGUUCAACAAGAGUGAGAAACAAGGAAAACCAGGUGCUAAAGGAUGGACGACGAUUUGGGGAAACACUGUCUUCUUCUCCUAGAGUCUCAAAUCUACAGAAGUCCUCAAGAAGAUCUAAGUCAUCUAAGGUUAGCUAA